UUAGAUCCUUGCAACGUCAUGCAGUGUCACAACAAUGGAAUUUGCCAAACAGAAAAUGGUGUGCCAGUUUGUAAGUGUGAAGGCGUUUUUACUGGGGAAUUAUGUCAAGAGGUUCACGUAUGUGAUGAUAACAUUAUUUGUGACAAAGGCGGUGUUUGUCUUAAUAACGGAAGGACAGGAAUCUGCUACUACAACAACCAAAACAAUGAAUUUACAACAAACACAUCAGUCGUAGUUGUUCUCAUAGUUAUGCUUGUGUUAAGCGUUGUCAUGAAUAUUGUUGGAAUCGCUUAUUUUGUAUAUAAAAGAUAUAGUCAACGAACGAAUACCAAAGGAAGUGAUUUAAUAAAUAUGGAAGUUAGGAAAGACGGUCGAGAAUAUGACGAAGUUAUUGUGAAUACAAUUAACACAGGAGCUGGAGCAGAUUUACAAAAUCAGAAUCGAACACAAAUAACCCAAUCGCUACGUCUAAAAAAGACUGAAACAAAGGCCCAAACCGAGAAAGAUUCUUACGAAAUACCACAUACAUAUAUGUCAAUAGAUGACUUAAAACAGUUCGGGAAUGAAUGUUACACUUAUUCCAGUGACUCAUGUCCUGCAGGUCCAACUACCUGGUAUACCAACCCAACAAGAUACACCUGUAGUCGUCCUAGUUGCUACUCAGGCGACACCUGUACUAAAGGAAAUUCCUGUAUAUUGAACCCGUGUUCAAGUAAUCAGCAUUGCACACUUUACACCAAUCCGGAUACGUACACUUGUACCUGUCUCAUUGGAUACACAGGUGAUGACUGUAGCACCUAUGAUG